AUGGCUCAUCGAAGUGGGAGCUCCUUAGAAAAUAAUUUACCAGUGGUAAUUAGCAAAUAAAAUAUUCUUAAUUACUGUGAAUUUUACAAUGUGAAAUUAUAUCAUUAUUCAGACCAAGGCAUUUAUAUUGUGCUCAACAGUCAAUUGCUUGGCCACAAAAUAGAAACUAUUUUAUCUUUACUUGGAUGAAUCUCAUUGGACGAUUGGUCCAUUUAAUUCGAUAAAGGCAUUGUUUUUCAUAAAGUCAUAAACAUGAACAACAGAACAAAAGUCAAAGGUUCGGUUUCUUGUCCAUAUCUUGACCAGAUGUAACUGUAACUAAUAUAUCCUUUAAUCCUAGAGCUUUGGAAACUUUCUGUAUUACACAAGAAGGUCGAAAGAUGAUCCAAACUUCAUAGUUCACUGUAGAAGACAACAAAAUGGUAGAUACUAUGUAUUAUAUAACACCUCAUUAAAUUCUGGUUAUUUCAUUAGCUGAUUAUGAUCACGUGAUAUGGAAUAAAAAUUGCCAUUUUGCUGAGCGUGCCGAAUCCCGAAAGUGUGUUGAAAACCGAGUUUUUCCACAUACUUUUGGUUUCUUUAUAACUUGUAAUGAACUGCUUUCGAGUUUGUUAUAAUAUUUAUAUAUUUAUUUAUUUAUUUAUUUAUAUAACUUCGCCGUUAAAACCAAUUACUGUGGGCUCUUCAACAUAUAAUAACUAGAAACAACAAUUUAUAUUAACAUGCACUGUUCAAACUACGUCAAUAGUUAUACAGUUUAAACACGCAUGCAGAUUUCCACGUUUUUGGAUCCUAAUAAUAAUAUAAGAAGCAAUACUUAUUCUGAAACGGACUUGUAUUCAAAGAGAAAUCCAAGGCGAUAUUUGGGUUAAUUUAUGUACCAGUAGGCAGUGGCGGCGCCAGGCCUCAGAAUUUGGGGGGGGGGGAGGGGGCAUUUGAGGGGCAAACUCAUAUUUGGGGGGGCAAGAUAGAAUUUCUAAAAAGGUAUUGCUAUUUGCUCAUGCCGUUGUCACAGGACUUUUGCCCCCCCAGGAGAUUCUCCCCCUCUCAAAAGGGGGGCGAUAUUCCUAGGAAUAUCGCCCCCCUUUAGGAUAUUCGCCCCCCAUGCAUAUAUGCGAUGUGGUUUAUUUGAAUAAUUUCGUGAUACUUUCAUCUUAUUAGUGCCUUACACGUUUGAGAAUUUAACUCCGCAAAACUAAAGCUUUUUUGUCUUUUUUGAAACGUAUUCUUGGAGUAUUGGCAAGUUUUACCAUUCAGAGAUUUACAAACUAAUAUUGAAACUGUAAAAAACAGUUUCAUGUAUACGCGCAUUCACUAAUGAGUAACGACAACUUACAAGCCAUACAUUUUCCGAUAACGACAAAACGCUUGUGUAGCCUUUAGUCGCUCUCAGUGACUAAUAUAUUUUUUUUGGCGCCGCCACUGCCAGUAGGACUGACUAUAGAGUAUAGUGUUCACAUUGGAUAUUCCUGUAUGCUGUCUUUAACUUUACAUUUUAUGGGCGUUUAUUACCGUACUGUAAUAUCAAAACAACGAUACGGUGCUUGUUUCCUUCGUGCUUUGCUCCUGAAUUAUUAAUGAUUUCUGACAAGUUAACAUAUUUACAGUAUAUAUUUUGUUUUUAAGCUAUAACAGUGCGCUAUUUUCGCAUUUCGUAGCCAAUAUUCGCAUUUCGCGGAUUCCCCAAAUUUCAUAAGACUGAUAUAACUUUCUCGUUUGCAAUCAUGGUUAUAUAAAGUUUGAAUAACAAAAAAAUAUAUACUAUUAUAAAAUAUGUACUAUUUUAUAAUUUGCCCAAUAUUCUUUUUCUAAUGGCUCAGAAUUUCCGCUUUAAGGUUUUGAUGAAGAAAUAUUAUUAGACGAGGCAAGUACUGUUGGUUAUUGGGAACAUUUUGAUGUACGAACUAUGAAAAUAUCCCCGUCUCAAAAGGUAUAUUAUUGCGACUCUUCGAUGCAAAGUUCUAAAUCGUUUGCAAUUUAGCCAGAUUUUGCAUAAAAUAAUAAUGAAUAAUUUGCAUUUAAGCGAUCUAUAUACCUACAGUAAUAUUCGCUUUUUAUUUUCAGUAUGUUGCAUUCAUUGCGGAUAUUUCAAGAAACGAUACUUAUUGUGGCAUUUUGAUUGACACUGUGGAAAACCCAGGAAAGAUUGUGGAACAGUUACCAUGUGUUAAUAUAGGUACAAGGAUUGGAAAAUCACUCACGAAGACUAUUCUAAAUGAAUGGAAAUUUAAUCGAUUGACAUUGAUUAUCUGAUGCAGAUUUCAUCUUGAUUGCAAGAGUUUUUAAAAUUGUAUACAAAAGCAUCUUUACAGAUAUUUUAUAUAUUGGCUAUUCUUGAAAUAUUUUCACAUAAAACAGUAAUAUUAACAAUAACCUGCAAUUAUUUAACAAGGGUAACAAAUUACAGUUUUCACUGAAAAACCUGUGGCCUUUGGAUUACCACAUGCAUGGCUUUAUAUAAAUCUUGAAGCCAAUUCAAGCCAUGUUCGCUUUUAUUUGCCGUUUUAUUCCAUUUUUGAUCGUGGUGAGACUUUUUCGUUUUUUUCCAAACUGUGGACUAACAAAUUAAGAAUGAUAAAAAAUUCAAACAAUGCCAAUUACAUCGAUAAGUAUUUACAUAAUUAUAUGUUUAAAAAAAUGAUUAUAUUUUUGGUUUGAAUAAUUAUAUAUUCACAAAACUUUCUAUCUUGUCAAUAAUUCCGCGCGUGAAUAUAACCACAUUCUGAUGGUAUUGAUAUAUAGGAACACGCGACAUGUUAUACCGAUCCCUGUCACAGUUUUGGUAUUAUACCGUAUUACAUAAUCUUAAUUGAACCAAAUCUCAAAGUUUUUUCCAAAUUUUUCUAGAGUGGUCUGGUGUUGAUAACAUCUUGUAUUAUACUACAUUCAAUAACUUACACCGAGCAAACAAAGUAUGGAAGCAUGAAAUCGGACAGGAUACAUCGAAAGACGAAUUGAUUUUUGAAGAAAACGACGCUAGGUCGGUGUAUUGCAGUUUGAAUAUAUUAAUAAUUGACGACUGAUGCAGUGAGGCAUUCGAAUUUCUUAUUGACGAGUAAGACUGUCAGGCAUUGUUGUCAAAAAUGCGCUCUUUGUUGUCGUUUUAAAUAUCUUAUUUCUACUUUUUAGGUUUUUUGUUGAUGUGAGCUGUACAAAAGAUGGUCGUUUUGUAACUAUCAAUUCAAGUUCGAAGACGACAUCGGAAGUACGUUGCUUUUAA